AUGCGGUUUGUACUUUCUGGAAUUCUCUUCGUGCUACUAUCAGCAGUAGUAAUUGUGGCCUCCCCAGUCCAACCCGCUACUCUCCACCGUGAAGUGUGGCCACGAGAAGCCACAUUCACCACGUCCAUGAUCAAUCCGGAGACAACCACAGCGACCACAACAACCGCCACAGGCUUCCAAUUGACCUUGAGCUUAGACCUGCCCACCAAUACAUGUACGCCUACCAUAGCGCCUGACAAGAAUGGUUGGGUUCCGCCAUCGGAGUGCAAUGCAUUGUACCUCUAUUACCCGUCGUUCAAAGCCGCAGUUGCUGCCGCCGCUAUUUUCGGGGUUAUGAUGAUUGUCCACGUUGUCCAAGCGGUCAUGUACAAGACGGGCUUUGCUUGGGUCAUUCUCAUGGGGGUCUCGUGGGAGACUGUGAGCUAUGCGGUGCGCGCACUGAGCACUCGCAACCAGCAAGAUGAGGGUCAACUGAUUGUCACCCAAAUUUUUGUUCUACUGGCCCCUUUAUGGGUGAAUGCAUUCGACUAUAUGGUCUUUGCUCGGAUGGUCAACUUUUUUCUUCCCGAGCGUCGUAUCGGAAUAUUCAAGCCUUCCCUGCUGGCUAAAAUAUUUGUCCUCCUCGACUUUGGAGCCUUCGUCGUGCAAGCCAUUGGCGGCUUCAUGGCCACCGGCAGCGGCGGGGCAGAAAUGAAAGGGAUUCACAUAUACAUGGGUGGAAUUGGCAUCCAACAAUUUUUCAUUGUCUGCUUUCUGGUACUGGUCGUGCAGUUCCACCGGUCUAUGCUGAACCUGGAUCGGGGAUGCCAAUUGGCUGAAAACAAAAGGAAAUGGCGUGGACUGCUCUACGCCCUGUAUGGCAGUCUCAUUGCCAUCACAGUGCGCAUCAUUUACCGCUUGGUGGAGUUCUCGGGUGGCUACUCGGAGUCAAAUCCCAUCCCGUACCGUGAAUGGUACAUGUAUGUGUUUGAUGGUAUUCCCAUGGCUUUGGCCAUUGUCGUUUGGAACGUCGCGCCACCUGGGGCCGUUUUACAGGGCCCAGACGCUAAGAUCCCCUCGACUGGUAUUGGAAGGAUCCUGUGCUGUAAUGGCUGUGUCUGUUGCUGUCGAUCUUCGCGGAAGCGCAGCAAGGCGAAGAAGAAUAUGCGAAGGGUCUCAGAUCAUGACGGGUUUAGCGAGGAUGUACCACUGCACGUCCGAAGCGCAUUGCCUUAG